AUGGCCGCUGCAGCCCCUCCUCCGGUGCUCGACCAGGCCCUCCCCACCCUGCACGACAGCCCGUCUCACACUGAUCUGCAACCCGAAUCGCAAGGAUCGCAACCUGUGCCUUUCCCGCGGCAGAGCAAUGCGGAUGCGCGAGCGGGUGGCGCUCCUGGCAGCGGAAGCAAACAGACGAUCGAGUCCCACUCGGCGUCUGGCUCGGGUGCGCUCUCCUCCCCGCCGCGGUCUGCGGCCAGCCCCGCUGCGAGCAUCGGACAUACCGUGGAAGGCAGUCAUUCUGGUCCCGGCAUCGCGUUCUUGGCACAUCAGUCUUCUCGAGAUACGCAGCCUCGAUGGUUCCCGUUUGUACAAUUCCCGUGCCUCCUAGUAACCCUCUAUCCGCGUGUUCUCCCAAAUACAAAUCCCCUACACUCGCCAGCACCUCUGGCUGACCCUCGCUACCUCAACCCGAAUCCUAUACUGCCCCCUCCAGUAUCACAUCCACGACGCAUCAAAGAUGACGAUCUCCCCCCACUUCCCACACCCGACUCUGAGGCAUCCUCGUCCACCCCAGGCCUCUUCAGGCGCAUAACGAAGCGGCUGCGCCCAGCCGUAGGACCUGGCGAGCAGUCCGACGCACCUACGUCGUUCCAAAUCUCGCUACCGACCAGGAGCCGCAGUCGCAGUCGUAGUCGCGCUCGCGGCGACUCGGCUAGCGGUGCUGAUGCACCCCAGCCUCAGAUAGGCAAACAACGCAGGCCGCACGUGCGGAUUCCUGUCCCUAUCCCCAAGGCUCCCGCGCCUGCGCCCCUACCCAACUCGUUCACCUCUGCUGAGAACCGCCGUGCAGCUCUACGAGCACGUGGGCUCGUACCGGCAUCGGGGAGUGCCCCGCGGUAUCGGGAUGCGCAUGGAUACUGGAUGCCGCUGAGCGAGCAAGAGAGAGAGCUCGAUCGGAUGUUCGCUGUUGUAGUCGAGGAGAAGAUGCCUAGCCCGGAUCACGAGGAUACCGAGGCAAAGAAAUUCAGAGAUGCCUGGCUCGCGAAGUAUCGCUCAGAGUCGGAGCAGGGCAAUGGCUCCGAAGACCAGGCGACGACGGCGGCAUCGCCGUCAUCAGAUGCGCGCCACGGCGUUCGCGCCGUGUACGAGGAUGGGUCCAGGUCAGCGCUUCCCUCUGCGACGGAUCUCGCACACGCCUCCGAGCCGAGCAGGCAUGCUCGACGGCCCAGCGCAGACGGCGCCAUGCGCGGCCGGGCAUACUCCGCGUCUGCGACGGCUGAGAAUCGCAGGCCCGACCUCAUGCCCGUCGUCGAUCCCUCGUUGCCGGAGAUGCCCUUCGAGGACACAGCUGCGCACCGAUUGCCUCGAGCGCGGGAUCGCCGGUCUAGCGACGUCUCGGAGCGCGUCUCCCGCUGGUUCCAGACGUCCCUGCGCCCGCGAUCCGCAUCCGCGUCCAGGCCCGCAUCUGCAGGCGCCGACGGGGGCGCGCGGUUCGGCCUGUUCUCGCGCCGCCGCUCGACCGACGCGUUGGUCGUGGCGACGCCGUACACCAAGGAGAGCGACGCGAGACGUAGUGCAGAUGUCACGGGGUGGGACCGCAAGGCGAGGACAUCUGCUGACUCCGAGGUGCCUGGGACUCACUCACUAGGGCGUCGCCACCCUGCGCGCAAGCUCCCACCGGCCCCGCCGUCUGCGUUCACUCCUGUGAAGGAGAAACGCGAUGCUACCGCCACCGCCACCGCCGCCGCCACCGCCACCGCUUCCCCGACAGACGUGAGCCCCGCCGCCGCCGCCGCCCCAGCGAUCUCUAUCAGCCAGCCAAAUACCUCACGCACGUCCCUCGAGCGCGCAGACGACUCGCAGAGCCCCCGCGUGCGCCGCGUGCAAGUCAACCACCGGCGGGGCCGCUCGACGACGGUCUCGGAUCUCCAGCAGCACUCGGCGGCGCCCGGCGCGGGCACCCUGGAGAGCAGCAGCUCGCUCGUGUCGCGCAGCCACUCGCACACGAUGCCUGCGCUCUCGCCGACCAGGAGCACGUCUUCGUCCGAGAUGGGCCUCCCCGCCACACCCACGACGGACACGCAUGGGUGUGAGCCCCCGCCGCCCCCGCCGAGGGAGCACCAUCCAAAUUCUGGCUCAGGGCGCAGCCAGAGCCAGCCUAUCCAUCACCAGCCGGUCAAGCAGCCCUCGCAGAACUCGCUUUCGCGCGCGAAGACUAUGGCCAAGAACGCGAACGCGCCGUCUGUCCCGCAAUCGCAGCGCUUGGCUGCGGCACACGCCAGCGGAGCGCGGGAUGACACGAGCACGGAGUCGGAUCUGGACUCGUCGUAUGUGGACGUGGAGGUCGACGUGGAGUUCGGCGUGCGCAUGCAGAGCGAGGCGCAGAAGAUGCGGGACUUGAUGGCUGCGGCUGCUACGGCGAGUGCGCGCCCGCGCCCCCGCCGCGAGAGCGUGGACGACCCCGAGCGGAGGCGGUCGCUGACGAUCGGGCUGUUCGCGAAGAAAGAGGAUGGCGAUGCCCCGCCACGGUUCAAGAACCCGCGCGCGAUGAGCUCGAUGCAGAACAUGAAACGCACGGUGACCGGUACUUUGGCAUCGUUGAAGCCGCGCCCAAAGACGAUCGUGGAAGACAAUACACACGGGGAGCCCCCGCGUAGUCCACCGUCCCCCCCGUUGCCUCCAUUGAAGUCCGCGCCGCCGACAUCAUUCCCACAGGUCCUGGCCGCGCCGAAGCGAAGGAAGAACUCCGUCACACAGGAACAGGGAUCGUCUGGAGGGCCGGGGUCAGGUCCGCGCCAAGCACUCAGUCCAACGAUGUACAAGCGCGGUAGUCUUCAGGUUGAGGCCGGCCGUAUCGAGGACGAGGAGAGUCGGCGACUGAGCGAGAUGGCAUUCCUCGAUUACUAA